AAAUUGUUCAAUUACACAAUUUAUAUUUUAUUAGGAAAAUGUAACUCAUGAUUUGUAAAGUUUUUAUAUUUCUCUGCAUAAAGAUUUUCAAAACAUCGCGCACAGCGCAGGCCAACGGGCGAGUGCGCAUGUGUAAUUAAACAAAGGCACUAGGAACUUAUAUCAUCGAUAUAUACAUACAUACAUAAAUACAUAUGUCAAGGGACGCGUGCAGUAUUGAGGAUUAGAAAAAAGCAUAGUAUUUUGGUUUACUAACCACUACAGUUGACAUUGUUUUAAUAUUUUUAAUUCUUAUAAUAGCUUUAGCAUGACGUCAGCAAUAGAAUCUAUGGUAGUAGACGAAAAACAGCUACCAGAAAAACCAAUAGACAGAGAAAAAACAUGUCCACUUUUACUUCGAGUAUUUUGCAAUACAGGACGACAUCAUAAUAUAAUGGAAUACAGUAGAGGAAAUGUUCCCUCAAAUGAGUUACAAAUAUAUACAUGGAUGGAUGCUACUUUAAGAGAAAUUACAGGAUUAGUUAAAGAAGUAAAUCCAGAUGCUAGAAGUAAGGGAACAUAUUUUGAUUUUUCAUUAGUAACUCCAGAAUUACGAAAUUCUGGAUAUCGUAUGCGUGAAAUUGGGGUUACCUGUUCAGGACAGAAAGGUGCUGAUGAUAACAAAACACUUGCACAAGCAAGGUUUACAAUUGGUGAUUAUCUAGAUAUAUCUAUUACACCACCAAAUCGGCAACCAGCAAUUAGGCGAGGUGCAUUACGUCAGUAUUGAUCCAAAUAACAAAAAUUAUACCCUCCAUAAAUUAUUUCAAUAAUUCAGUAAUUUUGUAUUAAUAAAAAAUAUUUAAUUCAAAA